AUAUACACUCUCAUAUUCUCCUCUGUCGUUUCACUCUGUGUCUCGAUCAUUUCAUUCUUCGAUUUAUGAUUUUGUUCCCCCGAGAUUUUGACUGAAUCUAGCAUCAGAAAUGUUCGCAGCUUCUGUUUGCAUUUGUUUUGUCAUGUCAGAAUUUUCGAUUUCGUCUCCUUUGUGUCAUCGGUGGUUCUUAAGCCGGCGAAAGCAAAGAACGACGAUUCAGUGGUUAUUUGAUUAGAUGAGUGGCCAAGCCUCUUCCAAUGAUCGGACAAGGACAUACUGGACGCCUUCAAUGGAGCGUUUCUUUAUCGAUCUCAUGUUAGAACAUAUGCAUAGGGGCAAUCGGAUUGGCCACACAUUCAACAAGCAGGCAUGGAACGAGAUGAUCAACGUUUUCAACGUGAAGUUUGGAUCUCAGUAUGAUAAAGACGUUUUGAAAAGCCGUUACACAAAUCUGUGGAAGCAGUAUAACAGUGUGAAGAAUCUUCUUGGCCAUGAUGGGUUUUCUUGGGACGAGAAUCAACAGAUGGUAAUCGGCGAUGAGAAUGUGUGGAGUGCGUAUAUCAAGGUGCAUCCUGAGGCACGCGUAUACAAGACAAAAGCAGUGCUGAAUUUUAAUGAUUUGUGCUUAAUAUAUGGGUAUACGGUUGCAGAUGGGAGAUACAGCCGAUCAAGUCAUGACAUAGACUUUGAAGAUGAGUUCCAAGGAGUAAACAUGGGUGAAAGUAGCAUCAAUACCAAUGAUUGUCCGAGGACAGAAUGGACCCCGGUUAUGGACCAAUACUUCAUUGAGCUUAUGCUUGACCAAAUAGGAAGAAGGAACAAAACUGGUGAUGCAUUCAGCAAACAAGCAUGGACAGAUAUGCUUGUUCUGUUCAAUGCUAGAUUCGGUGCUCAAUAUGGGAAGCGGGUUUUAAGACACCGGUACAACAAAUUGCUGAAGUACUAUAAGGAUAUGAAAGUUAUCGUGAGCAAAGAUGGAUUCUCAUGGGAUGAAACGCUGCAAAUGAUUGCUGCAGAUGAUGAUGUUUGGGAUUCUUACAUCAAGGAACAUCCACAUGCAAGAACAUAUAGGAUGAGAACCUUACCAAACUACAAUGAUUUGGAAAUAAUAUUUGGGAACCCAACCGAUCAAGGGAUUUUACCACAUCCAGUCCUAAGCAAAGAACUCAUAGAUGACAGUUCAGCUGCAAAAACGGAUGAGAGAAAGACUAUCCAGACGAAGAAUUCAGAUCGGACGAGGACAUUUUGGACUCCACCAAUGGACCGAUAUCUCAUUGAUUUACUAGUAGACCAAGUGCAUAAAGGAAACAAAGUUGGGCAGACAUUCAUAACCAGUGGUUGGAUCGAAAUGGUCACAGCAUUCAACGCCAAGUUUGGGUCUCUUCACAACAAAGAUGUGCUGAAGAACCGAUUCAAACACUUGAGGAGGCUGUACAAUGACAUAACGUUUCUUCUCCAGCAAAAUGGAUUCUUGUGGGAUGCAAGGAGAGAUAUGGUGAUUGCAGAAGAUAGCAUAUGGGACACCUAUAUACAGGCACACCCGGAAGCUCGUUCAUAUAGAGUUAAAAUGGUUCCCAGCUAUCAAAAAAUGUGUUUGAUUUUUGGCAAGGAAAUGCCUGAUAGAAGAUACACUCACUUGGCUCAAGCUUUCGAACCCAAUAUAGCUGAAGCUGUGACGAUGACCGGUGACGAGAAGAAUGACUACCUUUGUGGAAGCAUGGAUCCUCCGUGUACAGAAUGGACACAAGUCAUGGACCGUUGUCUUAUCGAUCUUAUGUUAGAACAGGUGAACAGUGGUAAUAAAAUCGGCGAGACAUUCACCGAGCAAGCAUGGGCUGACAUGGUCGAAUCAUUCAGCAAAAAGUUCGGAAUUCAAACCGACAUAUACAUUCUGGAGAAUCGGUACAUUUACUUGAUGAAAGAACGCGACGACAUAAACAAUAUCCUCAGUCACUGUGAUUUCUCCUGGGAUGAAAAUAAGCAAACCAUUGUUGCAGAUGGUGAUGAAUCAUGGGAAUCAUACAUCAAGGAGCACCCAGAUGCAAUCAUGUAUAGAGGUAAACUCUUGGGGGAUUGUUACAGAGAUUUAUGCAAGAUUAGUGAACCUCUCUCUCAGGAAAGUUUCGAUUGCGAGAAUAUCAUGAUCGAGAUGGAGAAUUUCGAUGAAGUCAUGGAAAUGGGUGAUGCUAAUUUACCGAGAAAGCGAACGAACUCAACGGCUUCACUUUUCGGACAUGCGCAGAAGGUGCCAAGGACGGGAACAGAUGCAGAGGAGAAGCCUUUUUCUGAAGCAGAGGGUCUCUCGGGUAUAGGAAACGCCAUUGAUGCAUUGCAAGCCUUGCCCGACAUGGACGACGAGCUUCUGCUCGAUGCAUGUGAUCUGUUGGAAGACGAGAGGAAAGCAAAGACGUUCUUAGCAUUGGAUGUGUCUUUGCGUAAGAAAUGGUUACUCCGAAAGCUUCGCCCUUUAUCGGACUUUUAGUCAUGGAAGUGUUUCCAUUGAUUGAAACCUUUUUUUGGGGCUAUACCUGAAAAAUUGAGAAGUAGUUAUGUGUACAUGUAACAAGCGUGGUUGUAACUACGAGAAGAUCUGAAAUGUUAGAACAUGGUUCGGGAUUAUAUGAAAAACGUGACCGAUUCUAUCCU